GUGUAAUUGGCGAAAAUUACUAGCAUGACCAUACAGGAAACAGCUUUGGAAUACCUAUAUACAACUGCUUCAAUCUCUCUUCUAUCCUAGAAUAGGUUUACUAUACUGCAUCUAGCUCAUCAACUAUAACACAAGCAAUGGCUGCAGCUUACAAGAACAGUCCUAAGUGGGUAAAGCGAAUGGAGGAAUUCUUUGUGCAGUCAGACCUCAACAAAGACGGCUACUUGUCUAUCCAGGAUUUCGAUAUGUGGAGUGAUAAUCUUGAAAGAGAAGUGAAAGCUGAACCAGCCCUUCUGAAGAAAGCACGAAACGCUACUCGAGAUUUUUGGGAAAGUACUGGCCUAAAGCAAGGUGUGCUGCUUUCUAAAGAGCAGUUUGUCGAGAAGGUAGCAGAAGUAGCAGUUGCUGAAAAAACUAACUUUGAUGAAGGGAAGGAGUCUCUCUUCUUUGCUAUGAUGGAGACUGUGUUUGAUGCGGUUGACACUAAUCGUGACGGCUUCCUACAGAUGAGCGAGUACGCGACAAUGAAUAAGGCAGGCAACUUCGAUGAUGGCACUGCUAAGAUCCUGUUUGAUAUCAUUGACAAAAACCAUGAUGGAAAGCUCUCUAGGAAGGAGUUACUGGAAUACAACAUCAAGUUCUGGUUCGCUCCUGAUGAUCCUGAAGCCGCUGGCUUGUACGGGGCCAAGUUUGAACAAAACUAACGAGCUGCAGUACGUGAAGAAUUAUGUUCAUAAUUAUGUCCAUUGGUCAGUACGUGUAUAUAGGAGAUCCUGCAUGUUUUAUACAUGUAGAAGCUCUGUAUAUAGCUUAUAUUACUGGAGCAUUGCAUUAUCGACCGUUUCAAAGUAUUUUGUUGCCUUUUGA